AUGGAUCCUAGCAGACAGGCAUGGUUACUGUCCAAGCCUGUAGGAAUAGCUUCAGAAGCAUCUCCAUUGGGACAGAACAUGACUGUGAGCCCCGGUGCAUCCAUGCCUACAUUUGCUACCCUGCCUGUUCUCCCACCUGCCCCCCAACCAGCACCCCAGUUAUUCUGGGAGCCUCCAGCACCCCUCAUGACUGCAGGCAUCUCUCCCAGGAAUCCUCUAGUGCUGUCCGCCUUGCCUGGAAUGUCUAUGGUGGCAGAAAAUGGAAGCACUGCCCUGGGUACAGCUGUACCUCUGAACAUUGUACAAGUUGGGACACCAGGCAGGCCUGUCCAGCCUGUGCACAAUGCCAACAUUGUCCUCACUCAGGUGCCCCUCAAUUGUAAUGUCCCUGGGACCCAAGGUGGUGGUAUGGGGCACCCUGCUUCACUCAUCAUGACAACACCUGCUGUAAACACCUUCAUAAAUGCUCGAAUUGCUUCAGCCAUCCAGCCUCAAGAAGGAACAUGGGUCCUGGGCCCUCAUCCACCGACCACACAGCCAGUCGUCCCGCUGGUUCCUGUCAGGUCCCCAGUGAACUCAGCACCACCCGCAAAAGGAGCAUAUGGGGAGAGUGGUCCAGCCAAUGUCCAAACCAACUCCCCAGAAAACUACUUGUCCAAACCAGACAGCGUCUAUGGGAACUUCCGGCGCUGGCAGCACAUCAAGACUCUGGUCCAGCGGCACCUGUCCCAGACUCCUGACGUGGCAGCUUUCUCCUGCUUCCUCAUUCCGGUGCUUCGGUCCCUGGCCCGGAGGAAGCCCACCAUGAAUGUGGAGGAGGGCCUGUGGAGGGGUCUGCAGGAAUGGCAGUGCACAAGCAAUUAUGACCGGAUGAUCUUCUUUGAGAUGGCGGAAAAGUUCACAGAAUUCGAGAGUGCAGAAGAGAUGGAGAAUUCAAGGUUGGAGAUGGAGAAUUCAAGGCUGGAGGUGAUGAGAGGUGUCCAGUGCCAAGUUCUUACAACCACAACAAGGCAAGAUCCUCCAAGGCCCCCAGCUCCUGAGGUGGUUGAGGAACCAGUGUGCAACUCCAUGAAGGCUGUCCCCAAGACUGACCCUGCCCACCUCCCAGUACUCAGACACCAGCAGUUACAAAAGACUGAGCCUCCCAUGGAAAUUCCACCUGAAGCUGUGCAGGAAUACAUGAAUAUCAUGGACUGGCUGGAGAGGCUUCCACAGUCACUCACAGGAGAGUCCAAGGAGGAGGAAGAGGAGAGCCUUGGGCCGGAGCAGGAAGAAGAUGACUUGUACUCAGACGCAGGGCUCCUGGACUACAUUGACGAGCUGUGCUCCCAGAAACACUUUGUUGAGCAAGUGGAGGCCAUAAUAAACCCCCAAUUUGUGGCAGAAAUCCUGUCUUCCAAACCAGAGAUGGACAUACUGGCUCUAAUGAAGGAGCUGGAGUAUGAGGAAGAACUCACUGUUAAGCAGCUGCUGGAGGAGCACCUGGCUCUGAAGAAGAAAGGCUAUAAGAGGGCACCUCUGAACCCUGGUGCCCCUCAGAUGCUUGCCAAUGCUUCUGUACUGACUGACUGCCAAGGUGCAAAGAGAGAUGACCAUAGUCCCCAAAGAGGGGCCAGUGCACAGAAAUGUUCCUCACAAAUGGCUUCCUCAGACCAUGAGUGUCCUGAAGCCACCAAUGCAGAAAUGUGGGGGCCUAGGCCUACGGUCCUCCCAAGUAGUCAGUGUUCACCCUCACUGGUAGACACCGGAUCCACUGUUAUUCCCUGUGGCAGAGAAGCCCAUCCCCCAAACCGAGGGUCCAGGUGUGCAGUGAGCCUCAGAGGAGUUUCUGCUACUGAGGAGGCCCAUGAGUCACUGGGCAGAACCAUUGAGGACAAGGAGGAACUCCCCAGCCUGGCCUUCCUCCUGUGUUCCCAGUACAGGCUGGUGCCGUGGAGACUGGCCAGCCAUUUGUGCCCCUAUGCAGGGUUCUCUGACUCUGAUAGUAUCCCCAAACCCUCAUCUCCAAAGAUAAGGGGCCUCAGUCCUGAUGCGUCUCCAAUUGCCAAGUCAAAGAAGCGAGCUCUCAUUGGAGGCUUGACUCCUAUGGCUAAGAGAUCUAGCUCAGGGCCCGGUCAUGCGAUGUUUGAAGGGCCAUUCUCAGCCCUGGAGCUCGCUCACCCCUUGCAGGCUCAGAAGAGGAAGUAUGAGUCACUAGGCACCCGGAAGAGGAAGAGGAAGAAGCGGCACUGA